AUGAAGACAUCACUGCUGGCCUUGGCUGCGUGGUUAACGCUCUUCCAGCCCAGGCAGGCAUUCUGGACCUCCCAGAUGAGAAAGAACUGCCACAAUGGCACCUACCACAUCAGCGUCCUGAUGAUGAACAAUUCAGCCUACAAAGAGCCCUUGGAAAACUUGAGCGAUGCUGUUAACGAAGGCCUGGCCAUAGUGCGCGAGCGCCUGAGUGAAGCCGGCCUAAAUGUGACUGUGAAUGCGACAUUCAUGUACUCCGAUGGUCUGAUUCAUAAGUCAGGUGACUGCCGGAGCAGCACCUGUGAAGGCCUUGACCUGCUCAGGGAAAUCACAAGAGAACACAAUAUGGGCUGUGUCCUCAUGGGGCCCUCGUGCACCUAUUCCACCUUCCAGAUGUACCUUGACACACAAUUGAGCUAUCCCAUGAUCUCGGCCGGAAGUUUUGGAUUGUCCUGUGACUAUAAGGAAACACUAACCAGGGUGCUGCCUCCAGCCAGAAAGCUGAUGUACUUCUUGGUUGAUUUUUGGAAAGUCAACGAUGCACCAUUCAAAAUCUUUUCCUGGAACUCUUCGUAUGUCUACAAGAAUGGUUCAGAGCCUGAAGACUGCUUCUGGUACCUCAAUGCUCUGGAGGCUAGUGUGUCCUAUUUUUCUGAGAUGCUCAGCUUCAAGGAUGUAUUGAGACGCAGUGAACAGUUCCAGGAAAUCUUAAGCGGCCUUAACAGAAAGAGCAAUGUGAUUGUUAUGUGUGGCACGCCAGAAAACUUCUAUAGUGUGAAGGGUGACCUCAAAGUGGCGGAAGACACUGUGGUUAUCCUGGUAGAUCUGUUCAGUAACCAUUACUUUGAGGACGGCGUCACAGCUCCUGAAUAUAUGAACAAUGUUCUUGUUCUGACACUGCCUCCUCAGAACUCCAGCUCAAACUCCUCUUCCUCUGAGCGGUUUUCACCGGGAAGAAAUGACUUUUCUCUGGCUUACUUGGAGGGAACCUUGCUGUUUGGACACAUGCUGAAGAUAUUUCUUGAAAAUGGAGAAAAUGUCACCUCUUCCAAAUUUGCUCGUGCAUUCAGGAAUCUCACUUUUGAAGGCUUUGCUGGACCUGUGACUCUAGAUGACAGCGGUGACAUUGACAACAUAAUGUGUCUUCUGUAUGUGUCUAUGGAUACCAGGAAAUAUGAGAUUCUUAUGGCAUAUGACACCCAUAAGAACAAAACCAUCCCAAUGGCUACGAACCCCAACUUCAUCUGGAAGGACCACAGGCUCCCUAAUGACGUUCCUGGGCUGGGUCCUCAAGUCCUGAUGAUCGCUGUCUUCACACUUACCGGGAUCGUGGUCCUGCUGCUGCUGAUAGCUCUCCUGGUGCUGAGAAAAUACAGAAGAGAUAAUGAACUCCGACAGAAAAAAUGGUCCCAUAUUCCUUCUGAAAGCAUCUUUCCUCUGGAGACCAACGAGACCAACCAUAUCAGCCUGAAGAAAGUGAUUCUGAAGGACCUCAAGCACAGCGAUGGCAACUUCACGGAGAAGCAGAAGAUCGAACUGAACAAGUUGCUGCAGUCGGACUACUACAACCUGACCAAGUUCUACGGCACCGUCAAGCUGGACACCAGGAUCUUUGGGGUGACUGAAUACUGUGAGAGAGGGUCCCUCCGGGAAGUGUUAAAUGACACGAUUUCCUACCCAGAUGGCACAUUCAUGGAUUGGGAGUUCAAGAUCUCUGUUUUAUAUGAUGUUGCUAAGGGGAUGUCAUACCUGCACUCCAGUAAGAUUGAGGUCCAUGGGCGGCUGAAGUCAACCAACUGUGUGGUGGACAGCCGAAUGGUGGUGAAGAUCACAGAUUUCGGGUGCAAUUCCAUCCUACCUCCAAAAAAAGACCUGUGGACGGCUCCCGAGCAUCUGCGUCAAGCCAGCGUCUCUCAGAAAGGAGAUGUGUACAGCUUCGGGAUCAUCGCCCAGGAGAUUAUCCUACGCAAGGAAACUUUCUACACACAGAGCUGCCGGGACCAGAACGAGAAGAUUUUCAGAGUGGAAAACUCAGACGAGAUAAAACCUUUCCGCCCAGAUCUGUUCCUGGAAACUGUAGAUGAAAAGGAGCUGGAGGUCUAUCUACUCGUCAAAAGCUGCUGGGAGGAGGACCCAGAAAAGAGGCCGGAUUUCAAGAAAAUCGAGAGUACACUAGCCAAGAUAUUCGGCCUCUUUCAUGACCAAAAAAAUGAAUCUUACAUGGACACCUUGAUCCGACGUCUACAGCUGUAUUCUCGAAACCUGGAACACCUGGUGGAGGAAAGGACCCAGCUGUACAAGGCAGAGAGGGACAGGGCUGACCGCCUUAACUUCAUGCUGCUCCCACGGCUGGUGGUAAAGUCCCUGAAGGAGAAAGGCAUUGUGGAACCAGAGCUGUACGAAGAAGUCACAAUCUAUUUCAGUGACAUUGUCGGUUUCACCACUAUCUGCAAGUACAGCACCCCCAUGGAGGUGGUGGACAUGCUUAAUGACAUCUACAAGAGCUUUGACCAGAUUGUGGAUCACCACGAUGUCUACAAGGUAGAAACCAUCGGUGAUGCCUACGUGGUGGCCAGCGGUUUGCCUAUGAGAAACGGUAACCGACAUGCAGUAGACAUUUCCAAGAUGGCCUUGGACAUCCUCAGCUUCAUGGGGACCUUUGAGUUGGAGCAUCUCCCUGGCCUUCCAGUGUGGAUUCGCAUUGGAGUUCAUUCAGGCCCCUGUGCUGCUGGUGUUGUGGGGAUCAAGAUGCCGCGCUAUUGCCUAUUUGGAGAUACAGUCAACACCGCCUCUAGGAUGGAGUCCACCGGCCUCCCCCUGAGGAUCCACAUGAGCAGUUCCACUAUUGCCAUCCUGAAGAGAACAGAUUGCCAGUUCCUGUAUGAAGUGAGAGGGGAGACAUACUUAAAGGGUAGAGGGACAGAGACCACAUAUUGGCUGACUGGGAUGAAGGACCAAGAGUACAACCUGCCAACCCCACCGACUGUGGAGAACCAACAGCGUCUGCAAGCAGAGUUUUCAGACAUGAUCAUCAGCUCCUUACAGAAAAGAGAGGCCUCGGGCACGAAGAGCCGGAGGCCCACGAGGGUGGCCAGCUACAAAAAAGGCACUUUGGAAUACCUGCAGCUCAACAACUCCGAUCACGAGAACACCUAUUUUUAGACCUAGGCGAGGUCUAAGAACUGACAGAGGCAACUUCCGAUGUCCGGAAUCUGCAUUUUCCAGAGACCGCAACAACAAGCGCUUUGGCUCACUGCCCUGCCUGGAACAGAAUUCCUCUACAGGUCACGUGGGCGUUCUGGUUUUGCCUUUUGGUUUGUUUGUUUGUUUUAUUAAGACAGAGUCUCGUGGAUCCCAAAUAUCCUCAGUCUCACUGUGCAGCAGUGGGUGACCUUGAACUUGUCCAGUCCUCCUGCCUCCACCUCCCGAGUGAGGGGUGUGUUCUUGGCAGUGUGAGGGCCCUGUGUUCCGGAGCCAUGUCCCCCAGUUGUCCAUGGAGCGUCAACCUGGAAGAGGAGGAAUAUGCUAUAUAGAACUUGGGGUUUUGUUCUUACUUCAUUUCUUAUUUUGUUUUGUUUACUGGCUCUUCUGUACACAUGAGAGAAUUUUUUUAUUUUAAAUUGUCUCAAUUGUAUUUCAAGUAGCUUUUC